GGAUGGAGCAGGCCGGGCCCGGGCCCUGGCGCUGCGCGGGCCGCUUAAGGCGAGGCCGGGCCCGCGGGCAGCGGGCGAGGCCGGGCGGCGAGGCCGGGCACAGCGGGGCGGUGCAGCGCCGGCUCCGGGAGGCCCGCGAAGAGCUGCUGAGCUCCCCGUUCUGGGCCCGCAGUCGGAGAGCCAUCCAAGAAUCCCUCAGCAAAUGCUUAGAGCAAGGGGAAAAAACACCAGGGUCUAUGUCGGAAGUCCUGUGCUCAUUUGAAAACCUGCAACUUGAACCAUCCCAUCAGUCAGUUAUGGAACCCAGCUCGCAUUCAGGCCACUUGCGGUGUGUAUGUUACGGCAUUGGAAACUUUUCCUCUUGUGUCAUUUCUCGAUACCAACUAGCAUUCUUGUUUCUGUUACUGGAGAAGUUACAGAUUCCCCAAAGUCAGUGCUACAUUUUUGAUCCUUUAUUUUCCGAAUUGGAAAUUGAUGUUCUUAAUGACCUUGGUGUAACGGUGGUCCGGGAGAAUGAGGAGGGAAAACACCACAUUCAUGAAUUCACCAUCUUUUAUAUGAUCCACUGUGGAAAAGCUUUGUAUAACAAUCUGCUCUGGAGUAACUGGUCUAUAGAUGCGCUAUCCAAAAUGAUCAUUAUUGGGAACAGUUUUAAAGGGAUUGAGGAAAGGUUGUUGGCAAGAAUAUUAGAGCGAGAUUAUUUGUACAUAGCAAAGGUUUUAAAAGGGACAGAGGAAGCUGCAUUUCCAAUUCAUCCUCAGUAUAUGGAUAUAUUUAAUGACACCUCCAUCCACUGGUUUCCUUUACAAAAACUCAAGGAGCUCCCAACAGAAGCCUGGCAGUUUCAGGAAGAGCCAAUGUACCAGGAAUGCAAUGACCUGGAGAUUAUCAGGAAAUAGGACAAAUGAAGUUGUUUCAUGCUAGACUGAAAUGGAUCCUUUAAUUACUCCCUGGAGUUUGUUUGUUUUUGUUUGUUUGUUUUUUUAACAGGGCUGCAUUCACUUAUAGUAAGGGGAUGUUAAGCUCACUUACCACAACUAUCAAUAUAAAGUAUGGGCUGGCUAACGUAUUUAGCCAGAAAUGUUGAAGGCAGGAGCAGUGUCUGCAAACAGAGCUUAAUGUGACCGGUUUUUUUUUAAAAGGUGAAAACUGUACCUUAGCUUACACUCUUAAUUAUUCACCAAAUAAAGUCAUACUAGUUUUUUUUCA